CACCGCCGCAGCCAUCCGUCGAGAGCGGUCCGUGUACGCGAGUCUGUUGGCUUGCCAAUUUUUUCGAGCGCGAUCCAGGAAAAAAAAUUACAACAAUCGAAUUAUUGAUCGAUUGACGAUAUAUCGGCAUAAUAUUAUAAAUGUUGACUACGAUAUUAUAUAAAAUAUUAUAGAUCGCGAUUAUCGCAUACACACUACACAUCGACAUAUUAUAAUAAUAAUAUUAGUAAUAUUAUAUAUUGCGGUUUGUCGUUAUAAAUUUCGUUUUACGAUUUUAUCGUAAUCGCGUCGCUGUAGAAAAUUGAUAGAAAAAUUGCGCGCGGUUUUUGUUUUUCRAACUCAGUACGUCGUCGCCCGUUGUCGGGAUCGCUCGGAACAGCUCUUGUAAUAAAGUUUUUAUUACGCCAGCCGAAGUAGCCGUGACCGCACGUCUUCUCGAACUACGAAUAUCUAGUUACGAUGGAUUUUAAUAAUAAAGCUGGAAAUAAUCACAUUCCACUCUCUGACGAAGUAUUAGAAGUUCUCGAGGCUCAAUUUAAUAAAGUGAAAACGCUUCAUUCUACAGAUUUAGAGAUUAUUGCAGCCGAGUUGGGUGUCAGAGAUAAUGAUGUUAAGAUGUGGUAUACUAAUCGUCUGGCGGCAUGGAGAAGGAGCCAAGGACUUUCAGAUUGUUUUGGGCAAUUGUGAACUUCAGAACUAAAAAUUAUAAUGAUUACUAUAUUGUUUAAGUCGAAGUUUGUUAUGCAUAUAUUAUUAUAGUGAUUUUACGAUUGAUAUUAUGCAGUUUGGUAUAUAUUA